CUCAAGCUGUUCCUCAAAAACGUUUUUCUGGUGGGACAGAUGUUAUUACGAAUGACUUUCCUUGGGUUGGGAGUCUGCAGCAAAAUAUAUCCGGGGUAUGGACCCAUAUUUGUGGAAUGGUAGCUGGAACUAACGUUGGCGUGACUGCAGCUCAGUGCUAUCCUCAAAGCGCCAUGAGCAGUGACUACAGGCUUGUGUUUGAUGCGAAUGACCUGUCGGUCUUAGCUGGAGCAACGAUCACCGCCAUCUCGAGUGUUCUUCGGGAUGCUGGAUUCAGUGCUAAUGGUCCUGGAUUCAGAAACGACAAUGUCGAGUUAAGGACAGACCACCCAGUCAGUGUGAAUGGCCUUCCCUUUAUUGGGCUUGCCGUAGAUCACGCUGGAUUACAGUGUGACAUCUUUGGAUGGGAAACGUUAGAGAAUGGUACUUUCAUCCCUAUCCUCCAGCAGAGAAAUGUCACCCUGAUUAGCAGAGCUGACUGCCAAGCACGUGUGUCCUCCUUGGGCGCCAACAUCACAGCAACUGACACGUGUGUCGAAGGAGAUGUCAUCUCAGAGGGGGACAUUGGAAAUCCGAUACGGUGUAACGGAGACAUUGUGGGGGUUGCAUCAUGGACAACGGGAGGCAACUGUCAAGGUGUUAGUCCUGUCAGCAUUUUCACUGCUUCCAUCAAUUUUUUUACUUGAAAGUAGAAAAUCCA